AUGCCAAAGAGAACAUCCUCGACAAAGACAAGACCUGCUCCGGUUAGGAGACCUUCUGCUACCUCCCAUGGACCACCUCCACCCUCUAAUCCAGGACCUUUGAGGCCUCCUUUGAAUCCCACAACUUCAGGCCAAAGAGCGAGAUCUCAUGAGACUGAAAGUCGACGACCACGAUAUCCUCCUUUGUCCGGAAGUCCAAGACACUCAUACUAUGAUCGACCAGCACCACCAAAAAGAAGAGACUCGGGAUGGAGAUCUGUAUCUCCUCGUUCUCGGGCUCCUCCCCCUCCUCCACCUCCAGAACGUAUCCUCAGACGUCGCGUGACAAGAGACUCAGAUUGGAUGUCCGAGGAUGAGAGUAGACCUACUUCGCGUCGAAGAACUCCAAGCCCGAAUCGUCGUGGAAGACAAGGUUCUCGACAGCAGGGACACGAAACACCACCAUGGCCCAGUUCUCCAAAACCAACCAGCGCAAGACCUGCCAUGAGAUCUUACCCAACCGACAGCUCUCGUCCAGAUCCCAGACGGCUUCAUUCUUAUGAGGCACCGCCUUCGCCAAAACGUCCACCUGGAGCAGGCAAACAGUCCCCGCCUUCGGGAUACAGACCAGCGCCUCACCUGGCCUCAGAGAUGCUUCGAGGAAGGACUAGGUCAAGACCUAACUCACCACUGAUUAACCAAGAAACACAUCGGCCUCCAAAUCCCGAGAGACGGCCAAGUCAUAACAGUGGUGCCCAGCGUCGUUCUCCCAGGACACAGCCUGCCAAACCUGCGAAACAGAAUGAGCCUGCACAAGCAGCGAAACCUGAGGCGCAAAAGAAGGGAUUCAAUUUCAUGAAACACCUUCCUCAAGCAUUCGCUACCUAUGCUGGUAUAGAAGCUCUGAGUGAACACGCAGACACAGCCAAAGAUUGGGCAGACUGGUUCAUGAACCUCCGCAAAACACCAGAAGAGAUCCACGAGCUUUCAGCAAAGGCAACGACAGCCAGAGACACCAUUACUCAAAUUCAAAACACGUUGGAAGCAAGACCCGAUAUCAUCGACGGAGAUGAUGCUCGUCCUAUGAGAAGGCAGAUCGACGAAGCUAUCAGGAAUUCGACUGUUGCUUUGGACAAGAUGACAAAGUUACUUCAAGAGAUCAGCAGUGAUGGUCUUGAGGGUACCAAGUUUGCAAGUCUCGAAGAGUUUUAUAACUCGUACAAGUACAAGGAUGAGUGGGAGGAAAAGAUCAAGUCUGCUGAUGCCGAUCUUGAGAAGGAACUAGCAGCUUUAAGCAAGCUCAUGAACCCGGUACCGCCGCCAGCUCCUGGACAAACCUCCGAUUCACCUGAUGCAAGGCGUCCAAGCGCUGCAGGUCGUGGAUCGAGGGUUGCUUCACCAAUCUUGGAGCCUCCCCCAGUAGGACAACAUCGGAGAUCUAUAGAGAUUGACGAUGAUGAGCCGAAACCCACUGAAAGUACUAACGGAGUGAAUAACGGAGUUGUGCCAGAUAUACAAGUCAAAGACGAGUCAGAAGUAACCAAGGAUGUCAGAGAGGAAGGAAAGACAUCUGAUGGUGGAAAGACGGAAGUUGAAGAAACUAAUGAUGUUCCGUCGACAGAACCCAAAGGAGUCAAGCUCAAAGCCGACGAUGGUCCUCUCAAGCCUGAUAAUAAUCCAGACGACAUAUUACCAGCAGCAGCUAAAGAUCCAGAACUUUCAAAGGGUCAAGACUUACCUAAGAAGGAAGAACAUACCGGUAUAAAGCCAGCUCAUCCAACGCCAAUAGUAGUCCAGCCCUCCAAACCUCCGUCGCCAACCAAGACUCCCGAAGAUACCCUACUCGACGCAGCCUGGAACGGUGAUAUCCAAGCCUGCAGUGAAGCUCUCCGUCACACAUCCCCCUCGAUCCACGACUCCAGAGGUCUAACACCCCUCCAUCUCGCCGCCGAACGCGAUCACCUCGCCAUAGCAAUGCUCCUCCUCGACAGCGGCGCCUCCGCCUCUUCCCGCACCAAAGACGGCCGAACACCCCUCCACCUCGCAUCCCGCUACGGUUCAUCAGCCAUUGUAGAAUAUCUCCUAGACGACGCCCACGCUGAUCCAAAUGCGAAAACCGUUGAUGGACGGACACCUUUGCACUAUGCUGCGAGUGCGGCAGCAGAUGGAGAUGAGGAGAAGAGGGAGAGUGUGAGGUUGUUGAGAGAUUGUAAAGCAGAUCCCACGGUCAAGGAUGCAAAGGGGAGAACGGCGAGGGAUGUUGCGCAGAAGAGAGAUUAUUGGGAUGUUUCGGCGACGUUGAGAAGGGCGGAGAAGAAGUGGGAGGAGGAGCAUCAUCAGAAUUGGUUUCAGAGACACGGACUUAAGCGGUGA